AUGGCUGAAUCCAAAUGCAUUGUGACUAAUGGCUACUCUGUUGUGUUCAGAAGACAGAGAAUUCAUGUUAUGCACGUGGAUGGUGACAACUGUGAAGUGGACAGUGGCUCCGGACGGUGUGUGCCCGGGGUCUGCAGGAACGGGGGGACUUGCACCAAUCUGGCGGAAGGAGGCUUCACCUGUCAGUGCCCAUCUGGAAGCUUCGAGAAGCCAUACUGCGAGCUGUCCACGCGUUCCUUCCCUCCAAAAUCGUUUGUCAUGUUCCGGGGUCUGCGGCAGAGAUUUCACAUGAGCCUGUCACUAACGUUUGCCACCAAAGAGAAGAAUGGCCUUCUGCUUUACAAUGGACGACUGAAUGAAAAGCAUGACUUCAUUGCGGUGGAGAUCCACGAUGGACAGGUGCAGCUAAAAUAUUCCACAGGUGAGUCCAGCACUCUGGUGACCCCUUCUGUCCCCGGGGGAGUCAGCGACGGCAAGUGGCACACUGUCCAGCUUCGCUACUACAACAAGCCAAAGACCGGAUCCGCAGGGGCGGCACAGGGGCCGUCGAAGGAGAAGGUGGCUGUGUUGGCAGUGGAUGAUUGUGACGUUUCCGUGGCUUUGAGGUUCAGCAAUGACAUUGGAAAUUAUACAUGUGCUGCUGAAGGGGUGCAGUCCAGUUCCAAAAAAUCCCUGGACCUGACCGGCCCUCUGCUGCUGGGCGGAGUCCCCAAUCUUCCCGAGAACUUCCCGGUCACACACCGGGAGUUCAUCGGUUGCAUGAAAGAUCUGUAUAUUGAUAGCAGGAAGAUUGAUCUGGCAUCUUACAUCGCAAACAAUGGAACACAUGCAGGAUGUAAUGCAAAGCAAUCGUAUUGUGACUCCAAUCCAUGUAAGAACGGGGGGACCUGUUCACCAAUCUGGGGGACAUUUACCUGCGAUUGUCCCUUGGGGUUCGGAGGCAAGGAAUGCAGGAUUGCGAUGCACCACCCCUAUCAUUUUAACAGCAGCGGAGUCCUCUCCUGGGACUUCAAAAACGAGGUAAAGAUCUCCAUUCCUUGGUUCCUGGGGCUGGCGUUCAGGACUCGAAACUCAGAUGGGGUGUUGUUACAAGCCCAUGCUGGACAGUAUACCACCAUACUAUGCCAGCUGGUCUCUGGCCUGGUCUCCUUCUCUGUCAGCCGUGGCUCCUCCAAAACCUCCACCCUUCUUCUGGACCAGAUGCAGGUGAAUGACGGGCGGUGGCACGACCUCCAGUUGGAGCUCCGCGACGUCCGCAGUGGGCGUGACACACGUUACGUCGUCACCAUCAUCUUGGAUUACGGCUUCUAUCAGGAUACAGUCGGUGUUGGUAAUGAGCUUCAUGGACUGAGGGUAAAGCACCUCUACGUUGGAGGCAUUAUAGGAGCCAAGGAAGUGCAGAAUGGACUGGAAGGCUGUAUACAGGGCCUCCGUCUAGGCGAGACAUCGAGUGGGAUCACUUUGCCCAAACCCAGCAACAUUGUGAAUGUUAAAACCGGUUGCAGCGUUCAGAGUGCCUGUGAUCCCAACCCGUGCCAGGGGAACAGUUCAUGCGUGGACACGUGGCUGGGCCAUACUUGCGUUUGCAACCCAGGUUAUUUUGGGGAGAACUGUGUGGACGUUUGCCAGCUGAAUCCAUGUGAGAACAAGGGGCUGUGCCGUCAUCAGCCAAACUCCACUCCGGGUUAUACCUGCGAGUGUAGCGGGAGCCACUAUGGAAGAUACUGCGAGCACAGAAUGGAUCACCAGUGUCCCAAAGGUUGGUGGGGGAAUCGGACCUGCGGACCGUGCAACUGUGAUGUCAGUAAGGGCUUCGAUCCAGACUGCAAUAAAACAAACGGACAUUGUCUCUGCAAGGAGUUUCAUUACCACCCUAAAGGAAGCGAUACCUGCCUGCCUUGUGACUGUUACCCCAUUGGCUCCUCCUCGAGGUCAUGUGAUGCAGAUAGCGGACAGUGUUUCUGCCGGCCCGGAGUGAUUGGACGCCAGUGCAACAGCUGUGACAAUCCGUUCGCUGAGGUCUCGCCAAGUGGCUGUGAAGUGAUAUACGAUGGCUGUCCCAGAACACUAACAUCGGGAGUUUGGUGGCCGAGGACCAAAUUUGGACUCCCUGCUGCCGUUCCUUGCCCGAAAGGCUCCCUGGGGGCUGCGAUCCGCCACUGCGAUGAGGUUAAGGGCUGGAUGGAACCGGACCUGUUUAACUGCACUUCUCCGGCAUUCAUGGAACUCUCUGCACUGCUGGAGCGCUUGGAGAGGAACGAGAUUGAGCUUAACACAAUUGAGGCCAAGAAGCUGUCCCUGCGUCUAUGCUCAGUGACCGACCACAUGGAGCAGUACUUUGGAAAUGAUGUUCACACUACGCACCGCCUGCUGUCACACCUCAUGCAGUUUGAGAACAAACAAGAAGGAUUCGGACUAACCGCUACUCAAGACGCCCAGUUCACUGAGAACGUGCUCAAGGCCGGGAGCUCUGUCCUCAUGCUUCCUAACAGGGAGCACUGGGAAACCCUGGUACAUAGCGAGAGAGGCAGCGCUGGGCUCAUGGAGCUGUUUCGGGAGUACACUGGCACUCUGGCCCGUAACAUGAAGCUCACCUACCUGAACCCUGUUGGACUGGUGACUCCGAACAUCGUUGUAAAUAUUGAACGUGUGGACAAUCAAAUCCCCCCCAGAAGGCAUUUCCCCAGAUAUCACAGCAGUCUGUUCCGUGGACAGACCCCAUGGGAUCCCCAUACUCACGUGGUGCUGCCUGCUUCUGUCCUAAAGCCACCAAAGGUGGAAGUUCUACCAACUCCAACCAGCCCUGAAAGUAACUUAACGACUGCUGCUCCCCCACCAAAAAGAGUGAUCCCUGAUCCGGAGCCCACCGCCACCAUCCUUGUCCUGCUCAUCUACCGAACACUCGGGGACCUGCUUCCAGCCAAAUACAGCACAGAUAAAAGGAACCUCAGGCUUCCCAAGAAUCCAGUGAUAAAUUCACCCAUCGUGAGUGUGGCCAUCCUCAGAGAUCAGACCUUUAUCGAUGGAGACCUGGAGGCACCUCUAAUAUUAGACUUCCAGCUGCUGGAAACAGUGAACAGAAGCAAGCCCGUCUGCGUACAGUGGAACCAGUCCAUCCAACUAGACUCCCCAGGAAGCUGGGCAGUGAAGGACUGCGAGAUGGUCUUCCGGAACACAACACAUGUGCGCUGCCAGUGUUCCCGGUUUGGGAGUUUUGGUGUUCUUAUGGACGGAUCACACCGAGAGCAACUGGAGGGAGAUCUGGAGACGUUGGCCAUUGUCACAUACACGUGUCUGACCAUCUCGCUGGUGGCCCUUCUGACAACAUUUGCAAUCCUGACAUCUCUUAAGGGGCUGAAAACCAACACCCGGGGCAUCCAUUCCAACAUCGCUAUGGCACUCUUCUUCUCCGAGCUGGUCUUUCUGCUGGGUAUCAACAGCACAGAAAGCGAGUUCCUCUGCACCGUCAUCGCCAUCCUGCUGCAUUACUUUUUCCUGUCCACCUUCGCCUGGCUCUUUGUGGACGAGCUUCACAUCUACCGCAUGCAGACCGAAGUAAGGAACAUAAACUUUGGCGCUAUGAGAUUCUACCACGCCAUUGGUUGGGGCGUCCCGGCCAUUAUUACAGGCUUGGCAGUGGGACUGGACCCAGAAGGUUAUGGAAAUCCAGACUUCUGUUGGAUCUCGAUUCAUGAUAAGCUGGUGUGGAGUUUUGCCGGACCCAUCGCUGUAGUGAUUUUGCUGAACGGCGCCAUGUUCCUUAUGGUAGCCAAACUCACCUGCUCACCCGGACAGAAGGAGGCCAAGAAGACGUCCGUCCUCAUGACUUUGCGAAGUUCCUUCAUUCUCCUCCUGUUAAUCAGCACUACCUGGCUUUUCGGGCUUCUGGCUGUUAAUAACAGCAUUCUGGCCUUUCACUACCUCUAUGUUCUCCUCUGCAGCCUGCAGGGAUUGGCCGUGCUGGUCCUCUUCUGUGUCCUCAAUGAGGAAUUCCAGGAAGUGUGGAAGGUUGUAUGUUUUGGCAAGAAAGUGCAGGGAGAGGAGGCAGCGAGACAAGCGCCAAUGGGGGGUCCAAAUGCUUACAAUAACACGGCAUUGUUUGAGGAGAGCGGUCUGAUCCGAAUCACGUUAGGAGCUUCCACGGUGUCUUCUGUCAGCAGCGUCCGCACAGCGCGCACCCACUCCAGCCACAGGCCAUAUUUGAGGGAAAACAUGGCAGCUCGCAAGGGAUCAGCUAAGGACCACAGCUUGCUCAGUCAUCACUCAGGACCCACCGACCUAGAUGUAGCCAUGUUUCAUCGAGACGCAGGAGGAGAUUCGGACUCGGACAGCGACCUGUCCCUGGACGAGGAACGCAGCCUGUCCAUCCCCUCGUCAGAGAGUGAAGAAAACGUCCGCCCUCGCGGCAGGUUCCAGCGCCAGUUCAAAAGAGCGGCUCAUAGCGAGAGGCUCCUCACCAACCCGUCCAAUCACAACCCUAAAGACAUGGAUGGCAAUGAUUUGAUGUCCUACUGGCCAGCUCUGGGUGACGCGGAGGUUCAGGCCAACUCGCUGCAGAAAUGGGGCUCUGAGAGGAAACUUGGCCAUGAUGUCAGCAAGGAUGCGGCUAACAACAACCAACCGGACCUGACCAGUGGCGACGAACAUUCCUUGACGUCUCACAGACAGAGAAAAGGCAUCUUGAAGAAUCGCCUUCAGUACCCUCCGGGCCUGGGUAGGAUGACCAAUGAAUUAUCCUGGUAUAAAACCUCCACGUUGGGCCACAGAGCAGUCCCUGCCGCCUCCUAUGGCAGAAUGCAUUCCGGGGCCGGCAGCCUUUCCCAACCGACCAGCAGAUAUUCUUCUCGAGAACAGCUGGACAUGCUGAUGCGCAAGCAGCUUUCUAAAGAGCAGCUGAGCAGGAAUAAUUCCCGGGAGCUCCUGGAAGCUGUACCCAGUAGGCACGGCUCCAGGGACCAGCUGGAUACUAUACCAAGCAGGCACGGCUCAGGAGAGCACCUGGAAAUGAUCCCCAGUCGGCAUGGUUCAAGGGAACACUUGGAAAGUAUACCGAGUCGACAUGGGUCAAGGGAACAUUUAGAGCAACCUGACAUCAGAAACGAAAGGCUGGACAUGAAUUUGGUGCCUAGACGGCACGCUUCUAGGGAACAUCUGGAAGCGUUACACAACAGAUAUGGGUCAAGAGAGCAGCUUGACCCUGGGCCAGUAAGAGAGCUCGGGAGAGAGUGGGUAAACACAAUGCCAAGUCGGCAAGUACCUAGAGAGCGAAUGGACUCUUUACUUAACCGACAGACUUCUAGGGAACAAUUAGAUGUCUUGUCUAGAAGACAGCCUUCAAGAGACCAGCUGGCUCCACCUAGGCAACCUUCACGGGAGCAAUUAGACUUUUUAUCCAGAAGAUCCAAUUCCAGAGACCAUCUGGACACAGUGCCUAGUUCACAAACCUUAAAUGAUAAUGUAGACCCUCUUUCUAGGAGGCAACCCUCUAGAGAUAAUUUGGAGACUCUAUCCAAAGGGCUUCCGUCUAGGGACAAUCUUCAUCCCCUUACCAGAAGACAGCCUUCCAGAGAGAACCUAGACACCGUUCCCAGUCGCCACCCAUCUACCGAACAGCUAGAUAUUCUCUCAUCAAUCCUUGCCUCAUUUAACACGUCGGUCCUUUCCUCCUCGAAUCCCACCCAGCAGGGAGCCAACCCUCCCGUACAAAACUCCUCGACUCCAUCCAUGCUGUGCCCCUCCACAUCUCAUUCUGCUACGUCACACAGCAUCUCCGAAAUGUCUGCAGAUUCCGAAGACUCAGACAUGCAGAGCAGGGAGCCCGUUUACCGUGAUGUGAGAUAUAGCAUUGAACGUCCAGUAUUCCACGAACAAGAACUUGGAAGAACGCAGCCUGGUCCAAAGAGGACCAUAAGGUCCAUCCUCCAUGCAGCCAAGCGCAAAGUAAGCUGUUCCAGGUCAGCAGCAAAGGCCUUGUUGUUUCAUUUCCUCCCAGUUCUGCAGUGGCUGCCGCACUAUCCCGUCAAAGAAUGGCUCCUGGGGGACAUUGUGUCUGGGGUCAGUGUGGGGAUCCUGCAGCUUCCACAAGGUUUGGCGUAUGCCCUCCUGGCCGGCGUGCCGCCCGUUUUUGGUUUAUAUUCCUCCUUCUUUCCGGUGUUUGUUUAUACUUUUUUUGGCACAUCGCGCCAUGUUUCAGUAGGUAAACAGUGCCUUCCAUCUCUCGGGGACUCUGGAAGCUUUGCGGUGGUUUCUAUCAUGAUUGGCAGCGUUACAGAAUCGCUGGUGCCGAACGAUAACUUCCUACUACCAGGGAAUGAUACAAUCAUUGACAUAGUGGCCAGGGACAAAGCUCGAGUAGAGCUGGUGGCUGCCAUGACACUGCUGGUGGGCUUGUUUCAGUUGAUUCUGGGCUUAGUGCAGUUUGGAUUCGUGGUCACUUACCUUUCAGAGCCCCUGGUUCGGGGGUACACCACUGCCGCCACCAUCCACGUCACCGUGUCUCAGCUGAAACAUAUCUUUGGCCUCCCGCUGAGUGAGAAGUCGCAGCCGCUGUCUCUCAUUUAUAGCUUAAUUAGCCUUUUCCGAAGGAUCCACAAGACCAACAUCGGAACGCUGGUGGUCAGCCUCAUCGCCCUCGUCUGCCUCUUUGCCGUGAAGGAAGUUAACCAAAGGCUGCGCUCUAAACUCUGCAUGCCCAUCCCUAUUGAACUGAUUGUGCUUAUAAUCUCUACAUCGGUAUCAUACGGAAUCAGGCUUCAUGAAAACUACGCCAUCGGUAUCGUGGGCGAUAUUCCUACGGGACUGGUAGCGCCAACUGUUCCCAACCCGAACCUGUUCAUGGACGUGGUAGGCAAUGCGUUCGCCAUUGCCGUGGUUGGAUAUACCAUCACCAUCUCUCUGGCCAGGAUGUUCUCUAUAAAACACGGCUAUAAAGUGGACAGCAACCAGGAGCUGAUUGCGCUCGGAUUCAGUAAUCUCACUGGGAGCUUCUUCCAUUGUUUUGCGGUCACCACGUCAAUGUCCAGGAGUCUGGUGCAGGAAAGCACGGGGGGGAACACGCAGAUCGCUGGAUGCGUGUCCUCCCUGAUUAUCCUGGUAAUCAUUCUCCGAGCCGGGGAACUCUUCACGUGUCUUCCUAAGGCGAUUCUAUCAGCGAUCGUCAUUGCCAACCUGAAGGGCAUGUACAAGCAGUUCAUGGAUAUAUCGGUCUUAUGGCGAACCAACAAAUACGAUUUGCUAAUAUGGUUGGUGACUUUCCUCUCCACCAUCUUCCUCAACUUGGAUAUUGGACUCGCGGUUGCGGUCGUGUUUGGAUUAUUCACGGUGACAUUCAGGACCCAGCUACCUCAUUACUCCGUCCUGGGGCAAAUUGCAGAAACGGAUAUAUACCGAGACGCAGAAGGAAAUAAUUUGGCGAAAGAGAUUCCUGGAGUGAAGAUCUUCCGCUCAAGCUCGCCCAUUUAUUUUGCGAAUGCGGAGCUGUUCGCCAAAGCCCUGAAGAUGAAGAUGGGGGUCAAUGUGGACAAACUGAUUGAGAAGAAGAAGAAAGCCCUCAAGAAGAGGAAGAAAGGCCUGCACAAAGUCAUGAACCUGGCCAAAAUGAUCCUCGCCAAGACCCAAAAGGGAAGCGGUUUGGAAUUUCUGACCAACAGCGAAGGAGUGAUAGGAAACCUGAAAUCCAUUAGCGAGUCCGUCCUACAAACUACGCCCACCCUCCGCUCUCUUGGCCUGGAGAGACUCGACUUCAGCUCCUUAAUCCUGGACUUCUCAGCCGUCUGCUUCACAGACACGGUUGGGAUGAAAAUGUUAAAAAUUGUCUUUGAAGAAUUUCGGGAGAUUGAAAUUGAUGUGUAUAUUGUAAACUGUCCGGCGGCUGUGUUACAACAACUGGAAAACAGCAAUUUCUUUAAUGAAAACAUCACCCAGUCUUCCAUCUUUGCCUCAAUCCAUGAUGCCGUUUCCUAUAUCUCAAGUAGACAGAACAGCGAGUCCAGUUCCGUCCAGGAAAUAACAGCAAUUUAACUAAAACCAUCCUUUGAAGAAGACAUCAGAAGGCACAAUUCUACCAUAGAGACUAUGGACACAAUAAAGAGC